AGCAGAAGUUCUCGAAGAGGCAGAAGACUGGGGUCGCGAAGAAGGAAGGCUUUGCUAAUUCAAAUGGCGACAACACGAGACAAUGAGCAAGGUGGUGAAAACCAGGGAGCAAGAGUCGGUGGUGAUCAAGAUGGUGAUAUCGUCGAGGGAGGUGGACGACAGGGUGACGGCGUUGUCCCACUGGAAGUUGGUGGCGGCAACGACCAACAAGGUGGAGGUGGUGGCGGCGUUGUCCAACUGGAAGUUGGUGGCGGCAACGACCAACAAGGUGAAGGUGGAGGUGGUGGCGGCAAUCAACAAGAAAGAGCGUUGAUACUUCCGCAAAAUGGAAGUGAUCGAGGUGAAGGAAGCGCUCGAGGAAGGGGAAGAGGACGAGGAGAUGGAAAUAGGAGAAGUCGUGGAAAGUGGAGAGGUCGUGGAAAGUGGAGAGGUCGGGGAAAGUGGAGAGGUCAGGGAAAUUGGAAUGACCAAGGGAAUUCUUCAGGUCGGGGAAAUGGAGGAGUGAAUGUCCCCGGACAAGGAAGAGGAGGGGAAAAUAGGCGGGGGGGCGGUGAUUGGGACAAUAGAAGAAGGCGCACCAAUUACCAGAGACCGGGACAAACUAUAUACUGUCAAACAGUAAUUUACAAUUAA